AGAGAGAGAGGAAGGGAAAGAACAGCAAGAUCCUCCGUUAAAGGAUCUUGAAUGCGGUGGUGCGCGGUGACUCCCAAGGGCCGCAAGACUCGCUACGACGACGACGACGAUCUAGAGGAAAACGACGAUGAAAGAAAGGGCGACGGUGACGAAGAAGAGGAGAGAGAUAACAGAGACGGCAGAAAAGGAGGAAAGUCUUGUCGCGUGAUCCCAGUUCCUUCCCCUCGUAGCGAACCUCGAAGAUGUCGUCGUCGUCGUCGUCGUCGUCGUCGUCGUCGUUGUCUCUUAAUCUCAGAUUACGGCUCGCCUCGCGAUGGAACCUCGAUCUUAGGUAUUACGACGACAACCUCGAGGAAGAAGAAGCCGCUCGGACGAUCAAAUAGCAUAGAAGAAGAAGAAGAAGAAGGAGAGGAAGGUCUGGAGUCAAGCACGCGGGACCGUGCACGCCGCCGCUGCCGCCGCCGGUUGUCAGUUCUCUGAGUCAUAUCCGUGAAUUACUCCCUCCUCCUCGACCUCCACCUCACCCUCCUACGACCCUUUACUCGAAGAUGAACUCCAUGCUGUAUACCCUCUACGGGUUCGCGAUAUUUUUCAUGAUAUUCUGGUCGGGCAUGUGGAUAGUUCAUGUGUUGGCUUUGAUAGCCGGCCGCUGGAAGCUUCAUCGAAAGAUCGCCCAAAUGCCGAGCUACGAAACUCCCCUGCCUGGUGUUUCGAUCAUAAAGCCGUUAAUGGGAGUAGAUCCGAAUCUUUUCAGUAAUCUCGAGACUUUCUUCACGAUCGAAUAUCCUAGAUACGAAUUGCUCUUCUGCGUCGAGGACGAUUCCGAUCCUGCAUUGAUGCUAGUCGGGAAACUCAUCGAAAAAUAUCCGCAGAUAGAGACACGAGUAUUCGUCGGCGGUCGCAACGUCGGGGUCAACCCGAAAAUCAACAACAUGCAGCCGGCUUACGAGACGGCCAAAUACGAGUUGGUACUUAUAAGCGACAGCGGUAUAAGGAUGAAGGAGGACACUCUGUUGGACAUGGUCAACUACAUGACCGAUAAGGUCGCCUUGGUACACCAGAUGCCGUUCACGUACGACCGUGACGGUUUCGCCGCGGCGUACGAAAAGAUAUUCUUCGGUACUGUACAAUCGAGGAUGUACCUGGCAGCCGAUCUUUUGAGAAUAAACUGUCAUACCGGUAUGUCGGCGUUACUUCGUAAAGCGACCUUGGACGAGGUCGGCGGCCUCAAGACCUUCGGUGUCUAUCUCGCUGAGGACUUCUUUUACGCGAAGUCAUUGACCGACCGCGGCUGGCGAAUAACCGUCUGCUCUCAGCCGGCCUUGCAAAACAGCGGGCACUGCGAGUUGCACUCCUUCCAGGCGAGGCUCAGGAGGUGGGCCAAGCUUCGUGUCGCCAUGUUACCCACCACGAUCGUCUUCGAACCUCUCAGCGAGUGCCUCGUACUCGGCGCCUGUGCCUCAUGGGCGGCCAGUGUUCUAUUCGACUGGGACUCUUUAGUUUUUUAUCUUGUACACAUACUAUUGUGGUUCAUGUUCGACUGGACGCUUUUGUGUGUAGUACAGAACGGGCCGUUGCCCUUCAACAAACUCAUGUUCGUCUGUGGAUGGCUUCUCAGUGAGAUCACGAGACCAUAUCUCUUCGUACAGGCCGUCCUGGAUCCUCUGAUACAGUGGCGUUCGCGCGUUUACAAGCUCAGAUGGGGCGGCGUCGCGGAGGAGGUCAAGACGAAAGUAAAAUAUUAGGAUAGCAAAUCGUUCUCUCUUC